UUUUAAAAUUAGAGCUUAUACUGUCACUGUAGUUUAAAAUCAUUACUACAAUGCAUAAAUUCGUAUUAGCUGGUAUUGCUGUUCUAACUAUACAGAUUGCUUGUAUCAACAAAACAAAUGCCGAUGAAAAUGAUAUCUACCAGGAAUGUCUAAAGUCGAACGGUCUUGAGUCCGAUUAUCUGGAAAAGCUAAAAGAGGAAGAAAUUGACAAUAAAACACUCUGUUUUACUAAAUGCACAAUGGAAAAACUAAACCUAGUAGAUGAAAAUGGAGAAUUAAUAUUGGAAAACAAUAUCAAGAUUAUCGAUGAUUCUAAAAAAGGCGAUGACAAAGCCAAAAAAAUUGCAAAAAACUGUAUGAGUCUUAUCACCACAAUUUCCACCUGUGAAGAUACUUUGAAACAUAAUGCAUGUAUGAGUCCUAUAUAUUUGGCUUCUGAUAAAUAAUAUUAUAUACAUAAACAACUAUUGUGAUUUAAAUUAGUAACGUAAUUAUAAUUUUUCUGUAUACAAAAUAAAUAACUUUAUUCAUAA